AUGAGGUUGUAUCUCUCCGCAGGCCUCGUCAGUAGUGCGCUGCUAGUAUCUGCUGCUUUCGCCUUGGCUUCUGCAGAACCGGAUCCUGCGGCACUUGGCGUACUUGAGGACCAGCGCCACACUACCGGGAGGCUGCUAAGAGGCAGCACAGACGAAAAGAGAGACUCGGAAGAAGAAAGGCUUAUGCAUCUACCGACUCCACCGAACGAGUUGUUGGGUGUGGAGCAACGUGUCACAGAGGCUUUCGUACGUUUGAAUCUGAAGAUGCCAACUUUCAAGAACGGCGAGUUCGUAAAGGAAGAGGUGACAGCGUUUCUGUCGAGUCGCAAGCUCAGGACGUGGUAUCAUCACGCAAAGAAGACUGGCAAAAUGUAUGCGGCGUUUGCGCCGUUCAAUGUACUCGAGCGUGCACUCACCCCCGAAGUAUUGGCAAGGAUGAUUCAGCGCAGUAUCCUUCAGAAGGGUAAUUUCCCAUGGAACGUGUUGAGCUUCUCCAAACCAAUGGCCCGUAUAUUGGAAGAAGUGCAGUUCGAUAAGUGGCGAUCAUUGGGGUAUACAAAAGCAGACGUCAAUCGAAAGGUCUUGAGGUUACCAGAGGGAGCUGUCGAUCCGAUAUCGGUACAGUAUGGCCAAACUAGUAAGAAGAAGGAAGGGAAGGAAGGGAAGUAUCUGUUUGAUUACUAG